GUAUCCGAGUGAACCUCGAAAAAGGUACGGAGUUUCGGCGCGCGCGCAUACCGCGUACAAUUUUCGAAUUCGCGUACGCAAAUUUUUUACAAUUGACAUUUUGUUAAAUUUUAUUUACCGAUUGGAUUUUUAAUUGAAUGUUUUAGUGCAUUUAGUGAGCGAGCUGUGUAGUUUUGUGCGAAAAUGAAAAACGAAAAAUUCUAGUUUUUGUGUAAUGAAACUUUUGAUUUGAUAGCGGCAGCAGCUGGUCAGAAAUUUUCUUCUUUUCAAGAUGAACCAGCAAUGUAAAGUAUGCGGGGAGCCUGCGGCUGGCUUCCAUUUUGGAGCGUUCACGUGUGAAGGGUGCAAGUCAUUCUUCGGGCGGACCUACAAUAACAUCUCAUCGAUAUCAGAAUGCAAGAACAACAGCGAAUGUGUCAUAAACAAGAAAAACCGAACGGCGUGCAAGGCGUGCAGAUUACGAAAAUGUCUCUUAGUUGGCAUGUCGAAGUCUGGGUCAAGAUAUGGCAGGAGAUCCAACUGGUUCAAGAUCCAUUGCCUCCUACAAGAACAGCAACAACAACAAAUCAGUCAUUUACAGACAAAUAAAUCACCGCCUAAUUACAAUACAUCCAUAAAUCCAACUUUUCUACCCACGAAUUUACUACCAGCUGCUGCUCUAGCGGAAUAUUACAAAAACUCUGAAAAAAACCAUUUCACUGAUGACGUUAUGAGACAAAGCGUGUCCCCAUCUGAUUCUGGAGCUUCAUCGGCUGAUCCAGAAGAUGAUAAUAGUUCUAGAAGCACCAGUGGACUAAGCAUCUUUAGACCAACGUCUUCUCCGUGCAGUGAAAAGGAUGUUAGGUUACAAGGAAUAAGGAAUCAAACGAAGGAUGUCAGAAAACGGAAACCAUCGACUAUGCCGCCGUCUCCUUAUGGUCCAUUAACGGCAUCACCAAGUUUUUCUCCCAGGCUUUUCUUGCCAGCAUCGUUACAGAAUUUCAGAAAUGUCCCACCUGCAAUUGCCACAUGGCAAGUUAGAAAUGGUGGCGAAUCAAUACUUCAGUCACCAGCGGUUGCUGGAGUAGCGAUUGACCAAGACCAACCUAUAGAUCUAUCAAUAAAAUCCACAGCAGUUUUAUAUAGAAGUCCCAAAAAUGAUGAAGUAAGUGACUCAGAACCUGAAUUGAGAAUCGAUUUGGGUGAAGAAAACACAAAGGACAUUAUGAAGAAUCCUUUAGAUCUAUCUCUAGUUCCAAAAAGAACUGAAGAAGUACCCAUGACAGGGUGAAUGUUAAUGAAUCUAUAUGGAUUCGGCCAUGUUUAUUUUUUAUUUAUUUUGUAAAUACUCAUACAUUAGCUAAUAUUUCGACUUUUCGUAUUUUGAAAAUACUCUGCCAUACAGUAUUUAUGAAACUUGUACAUUCCAUCUCUUCAAUUUACCUAAUAUGACUGACUACCAGUUAUAGUUAUAUAUUAUUAUUAUUUAAUUUUAAGUUUUUUUUUUUUUUUAUACAGAAAAUGUUGAGAAUAGUGUUCAAUUCCGGACCCAAAUUUGAUUUAAUAAUUCGUGCUCAAAUUAGAUACGACGUCGAUAUAAUCGUCAAUUGUGAAUCAUUGUUGUAAAAUGUUCCCUCUUCAAGCUGGUAUUGAAGAAAAUAUUUAGGGUCGACUGCACCGUCAACUUUGACGUGAAUUUUAUCGUGCACAGAAGAACGUAAACUAUUUUGUCUAAACUUCAGCUUUGACGCUGCAAGUCAAUCUUAAUCUCACAUCCUUUUUAUUGAUAAAUUUAGUAUUGUGGGUAUCAGGUUUUUAAUGGGAGAGACUAACGUCUAAAAAAUGUUCAAAUUCAAAUUAAAAUUCAGAAAUUAGACCUUCACAGGCACUUUUUCUCGUCAAUUUUUAUAUUUAUAGUUGUUUCUCAAUUGAGAAGGUCUAGUAUACCAGACCACUCUCCCAAUUCAUGUGGUGUUCAAUAUGUACAAGACAAUUUUGUCAAUAGUGUCAUUUUUAUGAUACUAAAACUUCUAGUUUUAAGAUUAUAUUAAUGCCAGUCUCGAACUAUGCCAGUUUUUAUUAUUACCACUAGAUAUAACUUAAUGGGAUCUGCGGCCAGUUAGCAAGAAGCUCAAAAUUUAUUAGACGUACAAAUAUAUUUAGACUCUUGUAUAUUAUUGGUUGAUUUGUAUGAAAACUUGUAUAAGUAUUUAUUAUCAUAGUUCAUAGGCCAGUGUAUUGAUUGAGUCAUUUCUUAAUUAGAUAUAAUAAAGCACAGUAAGUAGUUAUUAUUAAGUUAGUUUUUUUUUUUUGUAAUUUAUAAUGUAGCUUAGUAUAAUGGCUUGCGUGUUACUAUUUGUUAUUUGUUUCAUUUUUAGAGAUUUUAAAUAUAUUUUUUUUACAUUCCUGCAAAGAUGCUCGUGCCAACAGUUUGAAUUUAACUUUAUAGCCAUUUUAUUAUAUUUACGAAAAAUAUUGCCAUUUCCACAAGUUUUUAUAUGUCGAUCACAAAUUUUAAAUAGGUAAACAAUAUAAUAAUUAUACCUCUGAUUCAGUACUAGAUUAUGAAACAAAAAAUUAAUUAGAACAAAUCAAAAAACAAAUCACAAAAAUGUUUGAUGAUGGAUUUUAUACUCCUUGAUUUUUUAUUGUAAAAGUAAUAUUAAUAGAGAUUUAUGUAACUUUUGUUUUUUUAUCCAUCCAGUAAUAAAAUAAGGUUUUCUUGAAUGCUCAAAAUUAUAAAUGAAUACGAUUAUAAUGAUUCAAUAGGUGCCAUUUUUUUAUUAUAAUAAGUACAUUCGACAUAUUAUUAUAUUAAUAAAAUUGAAUGUGCGUUUAACGGUAAACGGAGAUUAGAUAGAUAAUAAAAAUAAAUGUCAACAAAGUGUUCGAUUAAAAAAAAUACGUUUCUAAAUUUAAAUGUAUUCAAAUGAACACUAAUCAUUUUAAAUUUCGAACGAAGAAUGUACAAAUUGAAUGUACGAGAAGUUUUGUUGUUCUGAAUGUUGUUAUCAGUGUGAUACGAUAUUUUUAUAUGUAUUUACAUUUUUUUUACAUUUAUAAGUAAAACUUAAUAUAUUGAAGGAAAUAAAUGUGA